AUGCCGAAGGGGCGGCGCGGCUGCCAGAGCCCCACGAUGAGCCAGCGACCGGCUCCGCCCCUCUACUUCCCGUCUCUCUACGACCGCGGCAUCUCCUCGUCCCCGCUCAGCGACUUCAACAUCUGGAAAAAGCUCUUCGUGCCCCUGAAGGCUGGAGGGGCGCCAGCGGGAGGGGCGCCGGCGGCGGGGGGCCGGUCACUGCCCCAGGCACCCUCGGCCUCAGCACCCCCGCCGCCACCCGGCCUGGGUCCCCCUAGUGAGCGCCCUUGUCCCCCUCCCUGGCCCUCCGGCCUGGCUUCCAUCCCCUACGAGCCUCUGCGCUUCUUCUACUCUCCACCGCCGAGGCCUGAGGCAGCGGCCUCCCCGCUGGCUCCUGGCCCCACGACCUCCCGGCUAGCCUCUGCCUCCCACCCCGAGGAGUUGUGCGAGCUGGAGAUCCGGAUUAAGGAGCUGGAGCUGCUCACCAUAACUGGGGACGGCUUCGACUCCCAGCGCUAUAAAUUCUUGAAGGCGCUGAAAGAUGAAAAGUUACAAGGCCUGAAGACCAGGCAGCCUGGAAAGAAGUCUGCCCCUCUCUCCUGAGGAGCUGCCCACCAGAGCCUGGCAGCCGCCUCCUUAGGUGUUAGUGCUUAGAUAAUGUGUCCUGUUUGUUGUCAUUUCAAAGAUCGUUAUUUUCUGUUCUGUAUUUCCUGCUGUUCUCGUUGCUCCCAGCACGUCCUCCACAUACAGUGCCCACUUGC